GUUCGCGUUGUUGAAUAAACCAAUGACGGAAGAGAGGAUAGUUCCCUUGGUUACAAAUUUUUGUCAACCUAUACAGCGUACGGAGAGGAAUAACACAAGGCACUGGAGAGCACACAGCUAGAGCUCAGCAGUGAUGAAUGGAAGGGAUCUGCAAACGUUCGUUACAAACUACAGACCAGAAGAUCUGGAAAAACUGACACUGCGGAUGAAAAAUGGUCUUGGCAGCUCAAAGUACAAACCGGCUGAAUACAAAAGACUACAGGCCAUUGUUGAUGCCAAACGCCUGGAGUCUGAUCUAAUUGGAUUAAAGGUUCAGAGGACUCGUCAUGCAGCCAAGGUGACUAAGGAGAGCUCCAUAUUACGGAAGCACAGACAGGUGUGGAGCAGAGAGUGCCCCAGGCUGCAAAAGGCUGAGGACACAGCUGAGAAAGACGUCAAUGAUUUUCUGAAACAGAUCAGGCCAAAUGGUAGAACAGAUACUGCCAUCUUCUGUCUUCAAGAUUAUGGGCUGCUCUUAGAGAGGGAGCGGGAGGCAUUCAGGAAAGCCACAGUGGAGCCUGUUCAUCAGCUCAGGGAUGACCUGCGCUUCAGACUGGGUGAAGUACAAAAUCAGCAAGUCACUGUCCAUCGAUCAAACUGGGAACAAGUAAUACAGCAGAUCAACUUUGUGAAAAACCAGCAAGAUGACAUAACUGCGAAACUUCAUGCAGAGUACCUGGUUGUGGAGGAGGAAAUCAUUGCCCUUGGUUUAGAGAAAUAUCUUACUUCAGAUGAUGUGGCAAACAUAGAAAUAAUUCCAGAGGAGGUUUUGGAUUCAGACUGCCCUUACCCAGAGCUGAAGGAAUCCCUGAUCCAGGCCUUCCACUCCCUGUCGGAAAGGUGCAAGUGCAGCCUACAGAGUCUCCAAGAUCAAUUGCAAAGAACGGACAGGUUCUGUGGCUGGUGUGCCGACGACCACCAACGUUUCCAGUUCACUUUGUCUCAGUACACUCCCAGCAUACCCAACCACAGAGCACUCUACAUGGACAUGCUGCAAAGAAUCUUCCCUGAGAAAUCUCGACUAGAGCUGAUGGAGCAUGAACGUGUGUGGGACUGGCAGCGCUUCACCCAGGCACAGCUGAGAGUGGUGACCCAACAGUGUCAGCGGGACCAGGAAGAGCUGCUGGCAAGAGCCCUGGUCACCCUGCAGGAGGCGAGACAUGCCCACCAGGAGGAGCUGGAGCUCCACAGAGUCCACCAGCACCAGCAGGACAUCUGCUCGCAUCUCAGAGAGAAGCUUCAGCAGUGGCGGGCCCAGCAGGAGGAGGUGGCAAAGCUAGAGGCAGCUAUAGCUGCUAGAGAAAAAGAGGAGGAAGAGGCAAGGCUGAGGAGGCAGCAAGAGAAGGAGGCCACCGUCAGAUUGCAGUGCAAAGAAAAAGUCAGGCAGUUUUAUUUAAGGCAGCAGAAGAGGAGGGAGAUGCUGGAGCAGAGGGAUCAAGAGAGACUUGCUAAUCUGAGGAGCGUCAUGGAAGAACAGGCAAGGCGAGAUAAAAAGAGGGUGCAGUUUCGGGCAGAGAUGUUGCAGCGACGAAAGGAGGAGAGAGAGGCACUGGAGCAUGAGCGUCAGAGAGAAGAGGAUGAGAAACAGCAUCGUGCGGAGGUCCUCCGGAACCAGGUUGGGGUGGUGGCAGAGGCAGACCCAGAGAGGAUGAUGGCAGAUACAGAAGCUUGGAGGAGUCGGCACUUGAAUGUAAAGGAGUUUGAGCUCCAGAGGCCUCUCUACAGUAUCAACACAUACACAGACACACAGAUUGUGUCCGAUCCACGAGUGCGGGUUGAGCAGGCUCUGCGGGAAGCCGGUCUGCAUCAAAGCCAAUACGCCAAACAGGUCCUGUCUGUUCUCAUGCCACCUAAACCACCCAGACGAGACACCAAAUCCAUACUCAAAUUCUGACCUUGGGCUUGUUUGGGGUCACAAUAUGAAGCCUAACUCUUGUUCUGCUAUUGAGCAUUUCAUUGAAUUUAAAUAAUACACUUUAACCCUUAAAAAUCUGGAACGACAUCCUUUUUCUGGCAUCAAUUUCAGAUGCCUUUCACAAGUGUUUAAACUUUUUAACCCAGAGCAAAUUGGUGUAAUUUCUUCCACAAACAUGGGUUAAAAGGAAAUUAGCAUCUUAGUAAGAAAUGUUCCACCAUGUGCAUAAAAUCUGUAGAUUUUGAUUUUUUUUUGUUUUUAAAAAGCUAG